AUGAAACUGCUCCUGACCCUGGCAGGGGCUCUAAUCACACUUGUCCUCUUGCAACGCUGUAAGGGCGCUGCUCCAGCUUCUCCCAGGACAGUGGAGGUCUCAGUGGUACAGGAUUGCAUCAAAGAAGCCAAGCUGAUGGUGAACACAGCCUAUAAUCAGACCCGGAGAAGCAUCCAGCAGUGCCAUCAGAGAGGCUUGACCAGCCCCUUUGACCUCCUGUUCUACUUCAAGCAGCCAGCAGCAGCCACCAGGAAAGUGAUCCGGGCUGCCGACUACAUGCAUGUGACCUUGGGGCUGCUGGAGGAGAAGUUGCAACCCCAAGGGCCCCUGCCUUUCAAUGUCACUGAUAUGCUCACAGAAUCCCGGCUCCGGCUGCUGUCCUGGACCAGUGGCUGUGAUCUCCAAGACAAUGAUGAGAGGUGUAGUGACAAGUACAGAACCAUCACUGGGAUAAACAACAACAGGAAGCACCCCCAGCUGGGGGCCUCCAACCAGGCCCUGGCUCGGUGGCUGCCAGCUGAAUAUGAGGAUGGGCUGUCACUCCCCUUUGGCUGGAUCCCCGGCAAGAGGCGCAAUGGCUUCCUUCUCCCUCUUGUAACUGGUGGGAUCCCACUCAGCUUUACCUUCUUUGUUAGCUGGCAAGUCAUCUAUGAAAGUGGCAUCGACCCCAUCCUACAAGGCCUUAUGGCCACUCCUGCUAAGCUAAACCAUCAAGAUUCAAUGAUGGUGGAUGAAGUCCGGGAGUGGCUAUUUCGGCAAGUAAAAAAGAGUGGGCUGGAUCUGGGUCUCAACAUGCAACGCAGUCGAGACCAUGGCCUCCCAGGAUACAAUGCAUGGAGGCGCUUCUGUGGGCUCUCUCAGCCUCAGAACUUGGCACAACUUAGCCAGGUGCUGAGAAACCAGAAUUUAGCCCAGAAGUUCCUGAGUCUGUAUGGGACACCAAACAACAUUGAUAUCUGGGUCGGGGCCAUUGCAGAGCCUUUCUUGCCAGGUGCCCGAGUGGGGCCUCUUCUAGCCUGUCUGUUUGAGAACCAGUUUAGAAGAAUCCGAAGUGGAAACAGGUUCUGGUGGGAGAAAAGGGGUGUUUUCACCAAGACCCUGAGAAAGUUUUCCUCGUCUCGAAUUGUGUGUGACAAUACUGGUAUCACUACCGUUUCAAGACGUAUCUUCAGGGCCAACACCUACCCCCAGGGCUUUGUGAACUGCAGCUGCAUUCCCAGGUUGACCCUCUCAGCCUGGCAAGGCCACUGA